AUGUUGAGCAGAUAUCAUAUAUCCCGCGCAUUCUCCUCGGCUGAAUAUAUCUACGGCACAGAGGGGAGACAUGUAUCCUCACUGGAAGAAUUCAAGUCUUAUGAGAGCUCGACUCUCAUCUCUAUUCUCUUAGAAAGCUCGAUUACUAUACCUAACAGACUGCACUCCCUCCUCAAACCUAAUGUCCUGAACCGGAAAAAGACAUACGAAGGCUCUGCCUCAUUCAAACUAAAUUGUGCUGGAUUUCUAAGGGAUGAUAUUCUAAAGAAGUGGUGUCAAGCCGGAGCUUUCACCAUUAACAAUACUAGUAUUUGCUACAUCCUCCGCUUCGAAGAUAUUAUUUUAAAUAACGUGCUUAGAGGAGAAGGGAUUAGAAUUCUACUCAUACCCCCAAAACGGCAAGUACACCCGCGGAUUGGAGGCACCCAUCCUCAAUGCCGCUCUGCCGCACUCAAAAAUGGACCAUCCAUAGUAGGCAAAGCAUACCCAAUGCUUCUGGCAUGGCCCCUCAAGCCUAGCGAUUGGUUCAAUGAUGCAAGCGGUGAACUGGGCUACAACCAACCUGAUGUAAUUUGCGAAAGUAAGCGGUCCGAGACGUCAAAGAAGCAGGGGCUAGACUACGUUAUUAACUGCAUCGAAAACUCCCAAUGUGAAACUGCAAAGAGCCUCGCUCCUAAGUAUCAUUGUGUUUCAAAUGGAACUGAAGUAGGCGGUCCAAUGAUUAUAGAAGAGAUGAGUCUGCUCUUGGAAGGGCGUCAUCACGCUGAUUGGCAUUUUUGGUGGCUUGGUGGCCUAAAGCCUAUCUUCCUUGAAGGCGUCGCCAAUAUCUGUUUUGUUUGGGUUUGCUUGGGGGCUCGAGACUCCAAUUUAAGCAUAUAA